CCGUCCAUACUGUGUGUGUGCGAGACUCAUAUUUGACGAAUUGGAGGGACAUAACUCAUGGGGGUCAUGUCAAUGCCACAAAUUUGGGGAACAGAAGUAAUGGUUAGAGAGUUGAUCCAGUCCAGAGAUGUCACCGUUUUCCACAGGAACAGAAAUCAUGAUGCUUAUACUCCAUGUAAACGUAACAACGGCGAUUGCAGCGAUAUUUGUGUGUCGAGGGCUAGGAUCUCAAGUGGUGGAGUUAAAGCUGGUUGUCUCUGUGAAGUAGGGUUUCCUCUUUUGGAAGAUGGGAAGACCUGUGCUACAGAAAUCAAUACAACCAUGCUGUUUCCGACUGCCAAUGCCAUCCAUUUCGUAUCACAAGAUGUCGAUGAUUAUACAGCAGACGUUGUGGUGCCGGUUGACGUAGCCGCACAGACUAUCACGUCCGUUGCCAUGGAUCCUAUCAACGGAGUCAUCUACUACGCCACUCUGGACACUUUCGGAAUACACAGAGUCAAUUUGACAGGUGAAAAUCAAACCUCCAUUCUAGACGAACACCCAACAGCUAUUACCUCUCUGGAAGUCGACUAUGCAACUCAGAACGUCUAUUUCGUCGAUUCUUACGAGAAUAGGUUGGAAGUGGCCAGCACUGACGGUCGCAGAAGGAGGGUUCUUCAUGACGGACUUGACACUCUUCUACACCAGUACUGGACGAUGUUUUACAUCGAUACUGGCGCCAUAGAUAGAGAAGAGUCACCUAAGAUAUACUCUGCUGCCAUGGACGGCUCUUCCCCCGAAGCCAUAGUAACAGGCCACCCACUCAACCACCCGUUGUACAUCGCCGUUGACAAUGGCGACGGAGUGGACGGUCUGAUAUACUGGACCGAUGUAGGGACUAACAUGGUUUACUGUGCCUCUUUGCUUGGAGAGGAACCACGAGCCAUCGCUGGCAACUCGGGCACCUCCCCACCUCCUCCCUCGUCGGACCCCGAUUCCACACGCUCUGGAACCGGAACUGAACCGGGGCAGGGGCAGGGGCAGAGCGACGGACAGGGGGGGCAGAGCGAUGAACAGACUGGCAACCAGGAGGAGGAAGGUUCACUGCAGGAUCUUGGUGUUGGGCUGGGGACUGUGCUCGUUGUCGCGUUUGUCUUGUUCGCUGUGUUUGUGGGCAACUAUGAUUCUCGGGUCGGAAACGCCAUUACGGCCUCUCUCCACCUCCACCUCCCGCGCUCCCCCUCCAUCCUCACCUCCCCGCGCUCCCCCUCCUUCCAUUCCUCCCCAUCUCCCCCAACUCACACGAAGAAAAGCAACCCUUUUCAUCUCCCCACGAAACAGUGUAACUUUAUCCGCAACAAUUUGUCGCCGGUAGCAACACCGACCUCCAUCCCGCUGAAAUGUGUCGCUAACCGUUCGUCGGGCGUAAACGAAUUUGUCGAUGAGCCGGAAGUGUACCCAAUCUCACCGAAAAGAGUGAAAAAACAAACCAAAGAUCUCCACGAAAAAGUAGCACUCACAAAAAGUGGGUCGCAAGAAGUCAAUCGUGUGGAUUCUAAACUCCGCCGCGAGAAAGAUUCGCACGAUUCGAAUGUUUCCGAUGGUCGGGGCGUGGAAAAACCGGACUGCAGUUCCGAUUCGUAUUCGAGCAGUGUCACCACCGUAUCUGCCACUAUUGAGAUCGAAAUUGAGGAUUUGGAAACAAUGGCCGCAGAGGAGGACAAACACGUGAAGAAGCCUUCUCGAUCGUGUCUGUCCUCCGAUUCCGACUCGUCGCAAGAGAAGUCUCGUCGUCGUGGCUUGAGCGUUGCUUGGGACGUCGACGGAGGCGCCCAACCUCAACCUCCUCCUCCUCCUCCUCCCCUGCCUCCAAGAGAGAACAACGAAGAAACUGAAACCCCACCACCCAGACCACCAAAAGCAUUACUUCCUUGUAACGAAAGUGGGCACAAGGAAAGAGGAGGAGAGGGAAAGGGGAACGGAAGUAGCCGGGAGGACGACGGCGAUUCAAGACAGGUUCUGGAACAGAUUGCCGCGAAGAGUGGUGACCAUGGGAACGAGGAACAGGUCUCCCCAGACGUGGGGGAGAUAUAAUAUCAGCGUUUCUAGUGAAAAAACAUGGAUUUUCCCGAGAUUCUCGAAUCGCUUUUGGUUUUUGUUUCUUUGUACAAAAUUCUAUCAUUUAACCUCAGCCAAUCAUGAAAUGUCAUUAUUAGCACAUUGUCUUAUAUACACAGUGUGAAUUGUGAUUCAAUCAAAAAGUAUAAUACACAUUCCCCUCAAUCAAGUAUUGUAUUACCAUGUAAGGGCAUCAAGUAUUACAACCUGUGUGUAUAGAGCAUAGGCAACGGUUUAAACAAUGUUCGUAAUAAAUAUUGACGAGGAACGAUAAUAUGAUAAUCCACAUGUAGGAUAAUGACUAGGGCUAGGUUCACAAUAUUUAUAUCGCAUGCCAUGUUGCGUGUGUGAUUAUGAAGAUAUUGUAUGGGAUAGAAUUUUACAUGCAGUUGAGGGACAAUGUUCCAUACAUGUGACAAUGGUUGUAUUGGCUAUAAGGAUUCGAGGAUGUAAGAACGUCUGUAGUUCUGUGCUUCUGACGUGGUUUUACAGUUGCAGAGUAUCUCCCUAAUGUAAGGUGAGCUGGUGUAUCGCACAGAGUAGCCUAGCGACAGAAACUGGUAGAGUUUGAGCAGGGAGGUGGGGUCAGAGGUCGGGUCUUCACGGGCGGUUUGGAGUUGAAUGACGUCCAGUUCGUCACUGGCCGUGUAACGCUUCCUGAGCUGUCGGUCUGCACGCGUGGCUACGGGGUCAGUUGGAAAUUGACGGUCGCCGUUUCUUACGCUUUCACCGUCGAUUCGUUCACUUGAAAACCAUUCGUGCUGUUCUCUAUAGAGUGGACCGCCUCUUUUCUUAAUGAACACUCCCUCCCAAAUUGCAUCUGGUG